AUGGAUUCACCAAAGGAAAAUGGCACUAACGCAAUGGGUUGUCAAGUUCAAUCGGGUCUCAGUAACAGAAGUAUUUUCACUGCACUGUAUCAGCCACCUACAGCACAUUCUUCUGCCGGAUCGAGUGCAUCCGAGUCAUCUGGGCGAGAUUCGAAUAAAAUGAAUACGGCAUCGAGUUCUUCCCUUGGGCCAGUUGCGAAUGGCUUUGCUCAAUCGUUGAAUGCAGAAGAACUGAACUGUGGUGCGUUCCUGGGUGGUUAUCCAAUGCUGCCAUCCAACGAUCCUUUGUUCAAGGCUUUUUCGCCAUUCGCUUUUAAAAUUUCAACCAAUGAUAUUGGUCAAGGCAAUUCACAAGAAUUUAAUAUGAGCGCUAUGGGAGAUUCGGCGAAAUGUGAUGGCGAUACAGUGAAUUGUUCGGAAGAAAUUUUUGCCCGCAAAGUUUUCAUUGGUGGAUUACCAUUCGAUGUGAGCCAAGAAGAAAUUGUUUCAACUUUCAAGCAGUUCGGCACGAUGGUUGUGGAUUGGCCAUAUCGCUCGGAUACUUGCUCAAAGAAUCGCACACACACUUUGUCGCAUCCAGUUGGAAGUUUGAAGGGUUACGUGUUCAUUGUGUUUGAGGACGAACAGUCGGUUCAGCGCUUGGUGAAUAGAUGCCAUAAAGAUGGUGACGAUUACUACCUUCUCGUGUCCAGCCCUACGAUGCGCAAUAAACCGGUGCAAAUUCGACCGUGGCGACUGGCAGACAUCACAUACAAACUAAGUGAUAGCAUGGUGCUUGAUGCUCGUCGAACGGUUUUCAUUGGUGGUGUACCGAGACCGACAAGGGCAAGUGACCUCGCACGAGUUUUGGAGGGGCUCUAUGGUCCGGUAUGUUAUGCAGGGAUCGACAUUGAUCCUGAACUGAAAUACCCGAAAGGAGCUGCAAGAGUUACAUUUGCAACCACAGGAGCAUUCAUAUCAGCUAUCAGUGGUCGGUUCGUCAAUGUCUUUUGCGGAGGGAUAACCAAACGAGUUGAAAUUAAGCCGUAUAUAAUGGACGAGCAAAUGUGUGAUGAAUGUGGUGGAGCAAAAUGUUCAGGCAAUUAUGCACCAUAUUUUUGUGGUGAUGUGUAUUGUUUGCAGUACUACUGCGAAGAGUGCUGGCAUUUGCAGCACAGCUCAAACGAAAAAUUCAAAUCCCAUAAACCACUCGUGCGAGUUGGUGAUCAGAUCAAGGUGACCAUCGCUUUUUUUAGCACCAGUCAUUUCAUUAAACAAAUCGCAUUGCAUGAUAGAUAUAUACAGUUUGCGAGAGAGAUCGCUUCAAUACGAUUUCUGCUUUGUCUGCAGUAUGACAUGAUCGAGUGCGAUUAUUCAAGUAGUGGUUUAUCAAAAAAGAAAAUGAUACUCUUUCAAAGAUACUACUCAUCCGUUGUAAUCAUAUCGCUACGUCAGUGA